AUGCUUGUGGCUUUACCUUUCUCUCGACUCCCACAAACUAUACGCGAUGCGAUCAUCUUUACCCGCAAACUGGGCUUCAAAUACCUAUGGGUUGACGCACUAUGUAUCUUGCAAAGCGAAGGACCUCAUGAUACAAUCCACCAACAGGAUUGGUCGCGUGAGGCCACUCGUUUCGGAUACUAUUACCAAAAUGCAGUUGUCACAAUUGCAGCCACUGGCGCUACAUCUUCGGCCUGCGGACUGUUUCUAUCACGUCCUGCCUUGGCAUUUGAUCCAAAGCCUGUUAUCCUCCGAAGGGAAAUGACUCCAGGCAAAACCAGAGACAUCUCUAUUCUCCCAAUACUCCCGACUUGGACCACAGAGAUCAGGGAUGUUCCUUUAUAUGAAAGAGGCUGGGCUAUUCAAGAGCGAAUCUUAUCGGCACGAGUUGUGCACUUUGCAACUAACAUGGUCUUGUGGGAAUGUCAAGAGUGUCGAGCUACAGAGAUCGAUCCCAUGGGGUCACGUCUAAAGGAUGCACAUAACGGUAUGGUUCAUGAGGAGGUUUCAGAUUUUAUGCCAAUAUUUAGAUAUUUGCAAAGGAACGGCGAGGGAGCCAGUCAAGUGAUACGCGAGUGGUAUAGUUUUAUCGAGGGCUAUACGGCUGCCAAAUUCACUUUUGUGGGCGAUAGACUCCCUGCUUUAUCUGGAGUUGCGUCUCUCAUUCAAAAAUAUAUCCCUCAGAGAUAUGGAGCGGGAUUAUGGGAGUCGGCCGUCCCAGAAGGAUUGGCUUGGCUAGUCGAAGACGAUAUGAUUGAGGGUACCCCGGGUCUUACUAAUAUAUCUGGAACGAGAAAGGACUUGCAGCUAAUGUUGCCAUCUUGGUCUUGGGCUACAAGUAGAGGACCUGUGCGAUUUGUUUCAUCGCUGGAUACUUGGGAGCUUCUGCUAAAGAUGGAAGACUGGGAAGUCGAGUCGACAGGAGUGGAUACUUCUGGACAGAUUGUCAAAGCGCGACUUAGAGUAACAAGUGCGUUUAGAGUCUUGAGUGCCUUAGACCUGGGACUCAGCCCUUAUUCGGACCGGGCAGCUGGGUUUGAGUCGACAAAGAUGCAGGCGAGUUUCACACGCGCUGCUUUCAUGGAUUCGGGUUCAAAUUGGCAUGACGUAUAUGCAUGCAUACUACUAGGGACCGCCUAUCUUCCUCGAUAUGUUCGUACAGAAGGAGUAAUAGGUUGCGCACUCAUUCUAGAACCAACUGGUCGCUCAAGAGGAAGCGUUGAGGAGUAUCAAAGGGUUGGAUUCUCAUGUCUUCCAUUUCGGGAUUGGUGGAUGAAAGACAUUCAACAAAAGACAAUUGAGCUGGUGUAA